GUUCUAUAAAUUAAAAGGAGUUGUGCUCCCUUGCGACUUGUGAAUCAAUCAUUCUAUUAAAGCAUGGGAAGCGUGGUAGAAAGCAGAGAAUGGUACUUAGCUGCAUAUUCCCCUCACGGUGUACCAAAUUCCGAUAAUCUGAAACUCCGCACCGUCGCUCUCUCAUUAUCCUCUGAUUCAAUCCCCGACGGCCACGUGUCCCUCCAGAUCCUCUUUCUCUCCGUAGACCCCUACCUUCGCACCAGACUCACCGGCACCCUCGACGGUCUUUACAUUCAGCAAUAUCCACUCAACGAGGUGAUUACAGCAUAUGGAGUUGGCAGGGUAAUAGGAUCUAAAGACAGCAAGUACACGGAGGGUGAUCUUAUUUUAACUCCUUCUGCGCCAGUGGCUGAGUACUGUAUCUUACCCUCCUCUCGUGUAAUUCGAAAAAUUGACGCUGCUAGUGGAAUUUCGCUGCCGGAUUAUCUAAGUGCCUUAGGGGUGCCAGGGUUUGCGGCGUGGGUGGGUAUAGUGGUUCUGGGAGACCCAAAGCCUGGUUCGAAUGUGUUCAUAUCUGCUGCGUCCGGUGCGGUUGGUAUGAGUGCUGGCCAGUUAGCUAAGAUUCGAGGUUGUAGGGUCAUCGGAAGCACUGGCUCCGACGAAAAGGUGAAGCUCAUUAAAGAGGAAUUUGGGUAUGAUGAUGGAUUCAACUACAAUAAGGAAUCAGAUUUUGAUGCCGCUUUAAGCAAAUACUUUCCCGAUGGCAUUGAUGUCUACCUUGAUAAUGUUGGCGGUAAAAUGCUCGAAUCUGUACUUAACCAUGUCAACAAGUAUGCAAGGAUACCACUUUGCGGGAUGAUAUCUCAAUAUAAUAAGGUUUGGACUGAAAGAGAAGGCGUGAGGAAUCUUUUGAAUAUGGUGGGCAAGGAGGUGAGGAUGGAGGGUUUUAUGCUGGAAUCGUAUUGGCAUCGUUUUGAAGAUUUUGCUAAAGAAAUGGAAGGAUACAUAAAAGAGGGCAAGGUUACGUCCAAGAAUAAAAUAAACAUUGGAAUCGAGAGCUUUUUGGAUAGCUUGGCCUCCUUGUUCUCUAGCUCUAAUAUUGGAAAAGUUGUUGUUCAAGUUAAUAAGGCCUAGUAAUGUGCUUGAUCUUGAUCUCAAUAAUAUUUCAGCACCAGAUAUUGAACUCUCUUCCAUAUUUCUGUCCUUUAUUGUAAACUCGUCUAAGAAGGAAUAUGCACGUAAUAAUUGUUGUAUUUUAUAUAUUUAAUUUAAUGUUCUUCUAUAAAAAAAAAUUCAUUAAAUGUUA